AUGGCCGCUUGCCUCCUGCGCCCUUAUCCUCCGGGGCUCCCUCCCCCUCGCGCCGAUCCCAAUCCCGCCUCCCACCAACCCACCCGCCUCAAAUGGAGCCUCGGCCGCCGGCGCCGGCGCCGCCACAUCCUCCGGUGCGUCGCCUCCUCCACGACCACCUUGCAGCGAGAUCUCCUCGUGCGGCCCAGUCCAAGAACCGAGCAGAACCCCGGCCCGGCGAACCCCCGUAACCUGUUCGACAGAAUGCCUGAGAGGAGCGUCGCGACGGUUCCGAGCGCGGCCAACCUGCUUGACGAAAGGCCUCGGACGAAGGGCAGGGGUGUGCAAGAGCAGGAUCGUGGCGGAGCGCCCAAGGGCGGCGAGAAGAGCAGGAGCGCGGCGGUCGUGGCGCUGGCGCAUGCCGGCAGGAACGCGGAGGUCGUCGAGCACUUCCGUAGGAUGCGGAGGGAGGGGGUUCCCGUGAGCAGGUUCGUGCUCCCGAGCGUGUUCAGAGGUUGCUUCGGCCUCCGGGAUAGCAGGAUGCUCCGAGCCGUGCACGGCCUGGUCAUCAAGUGCUCGUUGUGCCAGCAUGUGGUCGUUGGCACUGCGUUGGCCGAUACGUACGUUGAUUUUGGAUUGUUGGAAGAUGCAAGGAAAGUGUUCGAGUAUAUAAGUGAGCCCAAUGUGGUCUCUUGGAGUGUGAUCAUUGGUGGCUAUGCCCGUUCUUCUCGGUGGGAAGAAGCCUGGGGUGCAUUCAUGGCCAUGCAGCAUUCGGGCGUGCUUCCGAAUGUUUCCGUUCUUGUAAUGGCUAUCCAGGCAUCCGGUGCAUUGGGGUGUCUUGUCCGUGGGAAGCAGAUGCACGCAAUGGGAGCUGUCCUCGGGUUUGGAAUGAACUCCACCGUGUGGAACUGCAUCAUUGACAUGUACAGGAAGUGUGGCAGCAUGGAGAGUUGCAGCAGGGUAUUUGACACAAUGAUUGGCAGGGAUCAAGUGAGUUGGAAUACAAUCAUCUCAAGCUAUGUUCGUCUUGGAUUUUUCGAAGAGGCGCUAGACAUGAUUAUUCAAAUGCAAGAGUCUGGUUUCACUAUUGAUCGUUUCACCCUUGGCAGUGGAGUUGCAGCAUGUGCCCACUUGGGUGACAUAUAUAGUGGCCGUGCAUUCCAUGGUUAUUUGAUUAGAAGAGCAUUGGAUACUGAUGUCAUCCGCGGCACUGCACUUGUUGACAUGUAUGGUAAAUGCGGCAACAUGGGAGUUGCUCGCUUGGUAUUUGACAGGAUGGAUGAGAGGAACUAUGUAUCAUGGGAUGCGCUCUUAUCUGGGUAUGUUGAAAAUGGGCUGGUUGACUCUGCACUUGAUACUUUCAGACAAAUGGAGUCGGCAAAUAUAAAGCCUAACCAACAUACCUUUGCAAACCUUCUGAGGCUCUGUGGUGAUAGAAGGUAUAAAGAAUAUGGAAGGCAAAUUCAUUGCCAUGCCAUUAAGGUCAUCAACCAGAUGAAUGUCGUACUGGAAACUGAACUUAUCGACAUGUAUGCGAAAUGUGGCUGCAUUGAAAUCUCCCAGUUACUGUUUCUCAGGAUGAAUGAGAGGAACUUGAUAUCAUGGAACACAUUGCUUUCAGGUUAUGUGGAUGAUGGACAACCAGUGGCGACUAUAAACAUUUACCGUCAAAUGGAGCUUGCCUAUGUUAGGCCUGAUCAUUAUACUUUGGCGGGGCUUUUAAACCUGUGCCGGUUCCAAGGACUUCUGCAGUAUGGAAGGCAGAUACAUGCUCGUCUCAUCAAGACAGGCUCUGAAAUGAAUGUUGUAUUGCAAACUUUGCUUGUUCAUAUGUAUUUCAAGUGCAGACGAUGGCGGGAUGCUCACAAUGUUUGCACUUUGAUCAGAGAGAGGAAUUCCCAUGUGUACGAAGCAUUUUUCAAGGUCUAUGGAGACGACUACUUGAUAUAA